UCAAGUGAAUUGGAUUCAGCUGUAGAGAUUGGUGAUGUGAAAGGAGUGGUUGGCUCACUGUGUGUCGAUAAUGAACAUUUUUUACUUGUCAUCACACAAUGCACUCCAGUUGCAACAUACCCUUGCUCGCAGCACAAAAUUCAUCAUAUCGAUAAAGUAAUUGCUGUGCCACUCGAGGAAAAUGCUAAAAUUGACAAGGCUGAAUUGAACAGUUCAUCACCUCAGCUCAAUCGAAUAAUAAACUCGCAGAAGAAGUUAAUGAAGUUUGUCACCGAUAAAGUAUGUUCUGUGCGAAUAAUCGAUCAAUUAUUGAGUAUGUUCAAUGAUAAUGGUGAUUUCUAUGUAUGUUUCGGGAGUGAUCUCACGUUAACAACACAGAGGCUGAUGUCACAGUCAUCGACGAGUUACGAUGAACGUUUCUUUUGGAAUCGCCGUCUGUUGGGUGAUCUGUUCGCCGAGGAUGGUAGUGUAUUAAAAGAUGCUCAACCUUUUAUCACACCUAUCUGUCAGGGUUUUGUUUCUGAACGAGAGUUGACGUUUGAGUCAGACUGUCAUCUAACACUAACAAUCAUCUCGCGAAGAUCAGUGAAACGUGCUGGAUUACGUUAUCUACGUCGGGGUAUUGAUCAAGAGGCAAACGUUGCGAAUUUUGUCGAAACUGAACUCAUUUUGAAUAUUUUCUCUCAUUACCUCUCAUACGUUCAGAUUCGCGGCUCAGUUCCUGUCUUCUGGAGUCAACGUGGCUAUCGUUAUCGUCCGCCUCUGGUCGUCGAUAAACCCUUUAACGAAUCAUUUCCUGUUUUUGAGAAGCACAUCAAUUCAAUUAUUGAUCAUUAUGGAACACCCGUGACUCUCGUUAAUCUUGUCGAUCAAACGGGCAGGGAACUGGACCUGGCCGUCAGUUAUUUAUUGCACACAUUAAAACUGAAUUCACCUCAUAUCACCUACUGUUCAUUCGAUUUUCACUUCCAUUGUCGUGCUCUUCGUUUUGACAAGGUGAAUGAUCUGAUAAGUAUGUUAGAUGAGCAGUUGAGAGAGACGGCAUUUUGUUGGGUGGACAAGUCAGGACAGAUGGUUCGUGAACAGCACGGUAUCGUUAGGACGAACUGUGUGGAUUGUCUCGAUCGAACCAAUGUUGUUCAGUGUGCUGUGUCACAAGCAGUCGUCUUGGUUCAAGCACAGCGACUCGGCUUAGUUGGUCCUCUCAGCAGUUCUCCUCAUCAGUUGAUUAGAACACUUCAGUCAUUAUGGGCCGACAAUGGAGAUGCUAUCUCAAGACAAUAUGCGGGUACGGAUGCAUUGAAAGGUGAUGUGACAAGAAGUGGUCAACGCAAAAUAGUCGGUAUGGUACGUGAUGGCUAUACGAGUGCAUCAAGAUACUAUUUGUCGCAUACUAGACAUGCACAACGACAGAUCGCUAUUGAUACACUACUGAAAGAAGCAGCAAAUGAUAGCGAUGAGAAUGUGAGCGACGGCGAUGAAGAGGAAAGCGAAAGUAUCGCGAGAUUAGUGAGUGAAACGAUACACUUUGUUCUGCCCGAAACAGAAGUGCUCGUCGGUGGAUGGGCACUGGUUAGCGGUUCGAAUUCAUCAGAUCAAAUCGACACGGUACUCCUUCUCACCAGACAACGAGUGAUUGUUGCAAUUUACGAUGACGAUUCUGAAAAGUUGGUGGAGGUGAAAGUAAUCGAUUUUGAAGAUGUCAUUCGUUUGCAAUUCGGUACUUUUGCAAAGUCACCGAGGAUGCAUUUGAGAUUGUACGCAAGACCAAAUGAGCAGUUCACAUGGCGUGCUGCUAAAACACGUUUAUUCAAUAAUGUGGCAAUUCCAUUAAAAUGUGCUGAUGAGGCUGAUGAAUACAUCGAAGCGAUCGGUGAACAGUUUAGAGUCACAAUGGCUAUGAGCGGCCAUCACAUUGAAAUUCCCUUCGUUGGUAAACUUGAUGGAUGUUCUGAGAAAAGCGGACGUCGAAUAAUGAGUAUGCUUGCAUCGGCGUUCGGUGCAAAUAGUACUGCUGACUCAAUUUCUACUGUGAAUAGCUCAGCGAAUUGUGCCUCAUCUUCCAGUCGCAUCGCUCAUCCAUUGCCGAGUGAUGAACAACUCAGAGAUAAAAUCGCUGCAUCAACUAAUGAAAAUUGCAUGCUUGACAAUGCGAAAACGAAUCCAAUAAUUGUUUUCUCAUCGGAAGAAGGACGAUCAUCAAAAUCGAUAAAAAGCCAAUCAGUGCUUAUUGAUGGAGUGCUAUCACCAGAACCCGAUAAUUCGAUGUCGUCAUCAAUAAAAAAUACUGUUGAUAUUUUCGAUAAUCCACCAACACUUACUGCUAAUCCAUUUCUUUGCACAAUAUUGCAGCAGCAGCAGCAGCAGCAGCAGCAGCAGCAGCAGCAGCAGCAGCAGACAUGUCAGGUGCAUACAUCCAAAUCAGAUGGACGUUUAUCGGAUAAAGCUAGUGGUUUCGUAUCGAAAUUGCAGAAGUUGCAAUUGCGUUUGCCAACAUCGAAAAGUCAGAUCGCGAUCAAUGCUACUGCCAUCUCGAACAAUAGAUCAAUCGAUCCCACUCAGUUACCCAUACCAGCACCUAAUCCAUUCGCACAAUAUAAACAACAGAUUCUCACAUCCAAAUCUCGAAUUCUGCUUCUCUAA